AUGGCGGAAACCUGUGCUAAACGGGCCGCCGAUACAGAAGAGGCAUCCUUUGAUGAGAGCAACAGCAAGCGAAGGAAGAAGAGCAAUGGUAAAACCAAUGGAAGUCACCAGGGCCCCAAACUUCGAGAAUGUGCAAAGUGCCACUCCUCGAAGGAUCCGUCUGCGUUUUCUCCUCGGCAGCGAAAAAAGGGCGCUGAAGCCAAGUGCCGUAGUUGUAUCGAGGGCGAAAAUCCCAGUACCGGUAGUACACAACAAAACAAGCCAUCAGGAAGGCCCUUGCUACAAUGCCAUGGUUGCUUCAACCUGAAGCAUCGCACCAAAUCUUUCAGUGCCGAAGAGUUGGCCAAGGGAAGCGCCGCCCAAUGCCAUGGUUGUGUGAAGAUUGCCCAAGGCCUAGAAAAGCUGAAGGUUCUCAAGCAAUGUUCUCGUUGUUGUAACCAAUUCAAAUUAGCCGACUUUCCCAAGAGCGAACGUGAAAAACAAGAGGGACCCUUGUGCAAUGGGUGUUGGCAUAAAACCCAAAUCCCCACAAAGCGAUGUAACGGUUGCUAUGCGUACCUCAAGCUCAAUAGGUUUUCAUCCUAUCAAAAAUCGAAGUGCCUUGAUUGUGAAUGGGAGCCCAUUGAUGAUCGGCACAUUGUCAGUCGAAUUAUCGAGGGAUUGGAGCCCAGAGAAUGCCAAGUAUGUCAUCAAUUCAUGGGAAGCUCGGGUUUCUCGUUUUAUCGAUGGAUGGACACCCCCGUUUCGGCUAAAAUUUCGUGUCUCGAGUGUCUGUCUCCAGAAGAAGAAGAACAGCAGCAAAGAGAUGCCAACUGGAAAUUGGCCAAACAAAUGGCAAUUGCUUAUGGCAUCAAGUUUGGCGCCAUGAAUUACAAAUAUCCCAAUGCAAUCCACUUUAAGAGUACAUUUGGGUCGGAGCCUCCCGAGAGCCUUGAAGGCACGUAUCAGAUCAUUUUCUGUACUGGGUGGAUUUCGAAGAACCGGACCAAUCCCGGAACCUUUACCCUUGAAAAGGUGGAGGACAAUGAUGGAACACCGUCUUAUUUGGGUCGCGUGGAGUUUCGGUCGCAGCAGGGCGCUACUGCGCUUCAUGGAAACAACUAUGCAAUCAGCAAUACUUCGAUGAAUGCCCGAGAUCGCGUCAAGGUGUCAAGGCGCCGCAAGUAUCCCUGGAAGAUGAAGUUUGUGCUUGACCCAGACAGUUCCAAUAAGUUCGGAGACUUUGAAGUCGUGACAUCCAAACUAUGGGUGAUUUCCAAACGACUUGCGCUGCCUUGGAUCCCGACGGUGAAGGGCUCUAAGGAACUCAGUUUUGACUACGACAAGCAAGUGAAGUUUGAUUCUCUGGAAGAGGCCGAGAAGUUACACCGGUGGCACCAAAAUCGCUAUUCGAAUUCUUGGAUUGUGAAUCAUUUGCCGCCCUUGACACCCGAUAUUGCCCAGCACAUUCUGGAAUAUGUGACUGUAUGGAGUCCUCCACCCGUGCUCUUUUUCGAACCUGGGGAUCUCCUCUUGCGAACCCGCUGGGACGAGACGACGGAUUUGAUUCUCCGAAAAGUUGGUCCACAUGGGUGUAGCCGCAUGGAGGAGCCUUUGGCCACUGUCUCAGCACAGCAGAUGGCCGACCGUCUGUGGGAGCAAGUGCCACACCGGUGGGGGGACUAUGGUACCGGUACUUAGACAGACAGACAGACACUAUUGCAACUCAAUAGUUAUGUUGGGUCCUUCUUUUUCAAGGGAUGGUUCAAUGCCAGUCAUGUGCACUGAGAUCUUCUUGGUGGGGAUUCCUUUGACGAGUUUGAAGAAUCAAUCAUCUCUUCAUGAACAUCUUGUUUAUGAAUUUGAUUUGCCCUGCCACGCAGUCCCGAGAUUGUGUGAUGGAUCAUUCAUCUCCAAAAGCAUCUGAAGAGCAAAAAUCUCACCAGGUUGGAGAAUUGCUUUGGAUGUGAACCAGAGCCGACACAUGACUUUUUCCGCCUCAACCGAUACCACUGACGAGAGUCCUUCGGUUAUUAGUAGUGUCAAGUGUUUUGCACUUGUAAACUGACAGC